AGCGCUGAUUAAAGGUUAAAGCCGCUGCUAUUAGCGAGAAGCUGCCGCCACUUGUACCUACUUUUUGCGUUAUUAGCAACUACUAAGCCGCUAAUCGAACAAUAUAUACUUAGCUGCAGCCGAUUUCAAAGUCACUAUUGUUGGCUGGAAAAAAAAAAAGAAGAGUUUAAUAACCCAAAGUUCUCUUGUAUAACUUAAAAGCAGCAAGUUAUUUGGAGCGUCUUUUUUAAUGUGUGCGGCUUUUUGAUUUGCUAUUUAAAUUUUCUCUAAGAUGAAAUAGUAACGACACACUCCUCCUUGAUAUAAGUACAUCAACGUCCGCCACUUGUUUCAUAUUUUAAAUAUUCUUGGCUUAUAAUGAUUUUUAAUCGCUCUAACAUUUUUUAACUUAAAUUAGCCGAAUUAAACACAAGCAGAGUUUUACUAUUACUUAGUAAUGGAUCAAGAAGAAUCUCGAACUUCACAUAACAGUUCUUUAAAAUACUUGAACAUCAAACUGUGCAGCUCAUUUAAAAAAACAACCAUAGAUUCGUCAUUAGUAUGGAAAUACUAUGGUCAAAUAUUGACACAAAAUUGUAAAGUUAUCGACGAUGAACAUUAUUACUGUAGUGAAUGUUUUUUGAUAGAAAAAAAAAAGUCAAGUCCUCAGGUGCAGGUCAUUUAUCGAAAAUUCGCAAGGUUAAGAUUUCCACAUCAAGCAGUAAUUUGAAAAAUCAUAUAUUUCUUGUUCACAAAGUAGUAACAGACAAACCUGCCAUUGAAGUGAAAAAUGAUCAAAUUUUACGUAGAUAGUGCAGUAGCUCUAUAGCUAGUUCAUCAAAAUAUGAUAUAAGUCGUGAUCUUGUCCUUUGGUUUUCUACAGAUCUACUACCAUUUUCUCAUGUUGAUAAUGAAGGGUUUAAAAAUUUUUUUGAAAAAAACAUUGGGUUAAAACUUCCCACAGGUUCUGCUGUGAGUCAAGUAGCAUUACCUGAUAUGUACAAAUCUUUAAGGCGAUCAGUAUUGGAAAGUUUAAAAGAUAUUGAUGCAGCAACAAUUUUAUUUGAUGGUUGGACUGACAAGUACAAAAAAAUUAAUUAUAUGGGUCUGAAGUGUUCCAUUAUUAAUGAAAACUGGCAUAAAAAAAUUUUACCUUAGCUUGUUUGCCUUUAGAAAGUCAUACAGGUGAAAAGUCAUAAUUUUAUCAAAUACAUUGUUCAAGAAUUUUUUCAGAGGCGUUGUAGAGAUAUGAGGCUUCAUACUGUGCACGACGGUGCAGCGAAUAUGAUGAAAACAUCUAAACUUUUAGGCUCAAAGAACCACAAUAUUGUCUGGCUCAUAUCUUGCAUUUAAUAUUGGCAUGUGAUGCCAUAAAUAGUUAUACUGAAACAAAAUGUUUUUUAGAAAAAUGCAGACAAAUUGUAACCUUCCUGAACUUCAAGUCAACUUUACUUUUAGAGGAAUCACAUUGUGAAGCAGACAUAAAAUUAUACAACAAUCUUUGAAUCCUUGCUGAAGUGAAAGACAUUGAUGAUUUAGAGCAGCAAUUUCCCAUUCAAAUUUAUGAUGAAGCAAACAUGAUUGAAGCAAACAAUUUAGAUAUUGCUUGCAAAGAAAAAUUUGAUGAUAAUUUCAUAAAAAAACACCAUAGAAGUCUGAAACAGCAAAUGCGCACAAGAUGGAACAGUGCUCUCUUUAUGAUAGAAUCAAUUAACCAAUUAUUAGAUCCUGUAGAAAUAUUACUCAAGAAAUGUGGUAGACAAGACCUUUGUUUAGAUAAUGAAGAACAAGCCUUGAUUUUAGAAUUAGUUAAAUUUUUAAAACUAUUUGAAUCAUUAACCCAUGUGGUCAGUGCUGGAAAUUCGCUUUCUAUUUUGCCAUUAGUUAAACACAAAAUACUAAAAAUACUUUCAAUUAAUUCUUGUGAUUUGAAUGAAAUAAAAAAGCUAAAGGAAUGUUGCUCUAAAAAAAUUGACCAAAGACUUAAGUUAUCAACUUCUGCAAAACUAUAUUGUUUUAUAGAUCCAGCCACAAAAAUUUUAUAUACAAGAGAUGAAAUAAAGGAAAGUUUGUUGGAGAAUGCAUUAAACAUAAAAGUGACCCAAUUAGAUUUAAUUCAAGUUAUAUCAGAGGCAGAAAAUGAUAAAGAUUCAAAAUCAGGUCCUAGUGCUAAGCGACAACUACUUCAAGAGAUGAAGAAAAGUGUUACUUCUGCAGAAAAAAAUUAUCAAAUUGAUUCGGAAGUAGAGCAAUUUAUAUCUCAUAUACCUACGACAGAUGAAGAACUGGAUUGUUUAUUGUUUUGGCGAAAUCAUCAUGCAAAGUAUCCACACUUAGCAGUGCUUGCAAAAGAGUAUUUUAGCAUACCAACCUCGAUUGUAUCAGUGGAAUCCAUGUUUUCAUUAUCUGGAUUGAUUUUGAACUCAAGAAGAAGCAAUUAAGGUUCUUCCAAUAUGAACAUGACUAUUUUUAUUCAUGACAAUAUCAGUCUUAUUUGAUUUUUAACUUUAAUUGAAAAAAAAUAAUUUAAACUUAAAUUUGUUUUCUUUUUGUCGAAAAUGAUACUAAUUAUAAUUCAGAGCAAUUUGCGCAGCCAGAAGCCAGUAACUUUGUUGGUCAGCCAGUAUCAGCUAGUUGGCCAAGUUGCUCAGCUUUUAGCCACUUGCUAAAACUGUCAGCCAGCAAGUGAUAUGUUCUAAGCACGGCUUUAAACUCUA